AUCUCCCUUACGAGAAAAAAGAAAAAAGAAAAAAAUGUAUCCCACAGAAGGCCUCAGUGCCAUCCAAUGAUAAGGCGACCCCCCCCCCCCCCCCCGCCGCCGCCGCCGCCACGUUAAACCAUGUCUCCCGACGCCGACACCGCCGAAGAAAAGGGCUUCGUCCCCAGGAUAUCUCAGCUGGAUUCUAUAAUCCUGACGGAGGAGGCAUAUUCUCUCAUCAAGAGCCAGGUGCUAUCGGCUGUGAAAUACGCUGGCCAGAAUGUCCUGACGAAGCUGGAACCCGAGAUCGAGGCCGGCCUUCGAUACGUCUUGCUUCGCUACACGGUCCAGGAGGCGAGGCGUUCAGUGGGCCAGCAGCUCCUGCAGAUUAAGUACGAGGACUCGGUUCCCGUCAGGAGGUUGAGGCAUUAUGUCCGUCUGUUGGUAUUUGUGAGAUGGAUUAGGCAGAGAGCCGGAGAUGUGGCAGCGGUAUUUUUCAAGAAUGAGAACGCUAGAGUUAUUGCCAGCCGGGUUGUAAACCAGGUCGAAAUACUGUACAAGAUGGCUGAGGUGAUGAAUCUCCUAGUGUUUCUACACCAGGGUGUAUAUCCGUCUGUCAUUGAGAGGGUGCUCGGGCUGAAACCAGUUUCUUCGAGCGUUGGAAAUGUGCGGACAAUAUCGUAUGUGUAUUUCACACGAGAACUGCUGUGGCAUGGUUUUGCGGAACUUUUGGCUUUUGUUCUGCCAUUGAUCAACCUCCAGUAUUUUCACAAUGUGGUCCGAAAAAUGUUACCAAGCUCUGUUGAUGAAGAGGAUGACGAUAAUGACAUACAACAGGAAAUUAAUUUUAAUCAUCAGACCACUUGUGUUGUAUGUAACAGCCUUCCCAUUCUACCCCACAAUUUUGGAUGUCAGCAUUUAGCCUGCUAUUACUGUAUUCAUUCCAGUUAUGUGUCAGAUCCUACAUUCACUUGUCCUUUAUGUGAUCAUACAAUAGAGAGUAAAGUGCAAAUUAUUCCUAUGUACACAGUGGAAAGUUGAUCCAGGCCUGUAUUAGUCAUGUAUUUUCUGAUAGGAGUUAAUGUUUGUUAAUGAUUUUUGUUUACUUUGCUAGUAUUUGUAAAUAAAAAUGGCAAGGCAGGUAAGCAUUGAAAAAUAGUAUUAUAAAUGUUAAUGUUAAAUAAUAUCCUUUUAUCUGAUGCAAAUAUGAAAUAUAAUGUAGGCUACAAUCAUUAUUUUUUUAAUCAAAUCAUUUAUUUUUGUAUGCUUUUUUCUAUAUAUACACUUUUAAUGUGACAUAAAUUACUACUAAAAACUAGAGAUUAAUGGCAUGCUCUGAUAAUUGAAUGGGAUACACACACACACACACACACACACACACACACACACACACACACACACACACACACACACACACACACACACACACACACACACACACAUAUAGUAGACACUUUUUUUUUACGAUAGUCUCUCGGACAAGGAAAAAGUAAUUGCAGAGGAAGUAUGUUUCACUAUAUUAUUCUCCUCAACAGUCAUCAUCAUCAAUUAUUUCUAAAUAAUAUUAUAUGGUACCAAACUAGAAAGUUUGGCUUUCAUUAAAAGUAUGCUGAUUAGUACUUCAUAGUCAUUCAUAGCCAGUAUCAACAAUAAACAUCUAAUAGUUUAAUGUUUGUGAAUAUAAUUUUGUGCUAAAUGUAAAAUCAAAAAUAAAACAAAACAGAU